UCUCCACUGUUACAGCUUGUUUGUUUACUUUACGUCAGAUGUUGUGCACUAAAUAGUUUCAAUCUUAACUAUGAUGUUACAGUAUGAUCAACUCCAUAUCAUACAUUUGUUUUCAGAACCUCAAAUCUUGUGUUUGUUUUCUUGCAGUUCGGUAGAUGACCAGUUUCGCUGGAACACCCAAGCGGAUGGCCAGAAGGACAUAGAGGAUGAGCUGACCACAGGACUGGAGAUGGUCGACUCCUGCAUCAGAUCCCUGCAGGUGUCUGGAAUACUGGACCCUCACCAAUUCAACACAGGAGAACGUCCCUCUCUACUUUCCCAGAGUUCUUUGCAGCUUAACUCCACCCCGGAGGCUUCACUCCAGUACUCCACCAGCUACCAUAGCAACCAGACCCUCGCCCUUAGCGACAGCGCUGCAGCGGCAACGCCACAGCGCAGCGGACAAGUCGGUGGGGCCGUGCACAGCUACAACCAGGUGACGUCUAGUCGUGCCGCUCAGCAGAGGCAGCAGGCAGGGGGAGGUAGUGGAGGAGACUCCUUCUCUCAGAGCCAUGGCAGUGCCUUCCACCUACCAGAUGCACAGCAGAUCACUACUGGUCACUACUACCCGAGUUCCACCCUGCCCACCCAGCGUGUGAGUUCCCCUCUAACCGGAGGAGGAGGUGGAGGGUCUGGUUCUCCCAGCAAGCUCCAGCGCCUGGGUCCAGCCUCAGACACACCUGGCUAUGCUACCACACAGCGCCUACCUUCUUCCUCCUCAUCAUCCUCACCCAACAAACAGUCCCCCGCCAACCGACUCGCCAAGCCUUACAGCACCUCUGUUUCCGUGACGACGACAGGAGGGUCUCCUCCGAACGCCAUAGCAUCCGUUGCCGGAGGAGGGGCUUGUGCGUCAUCAUCCCCCCUGCACCAGAUGAGUUCGGGCAUAGGGAGCUACGCUACUCUGUCUCCUAGGAGACUGGCUGCCCACCACGCCUCCGACCAGUACAAGAUAUCACACGAUCUCUAUGCUACUGCUACACUCCAGAGGCCCGUGUGA